AUGCACAACACUAACUUUAGGAAAGUCAAGAUAGGUAGUGUGGUAGUUGACGGAGGACCAGCAGAGUUAAAAUGCUUCAAAGAUACUUGGAAUGAUUCAUUCUAUCAUGACAGAGAUCCAAAAUACUACAAGAUAUUGCUUAUUCCCUGUUUGUGUCACAGAAUCCACAACAGCUAUCAAUAUAUUGCUGGCAAGAACAACCAGUUACAAAGUUUAGUAAAGGAUGUGCACAGAAUUGCAGAACUUUGUCGCAUUCAUGCUGACGAUAUAGGUGCACAAUGUCCACAGCAUGUAUCCACCAGAUGGAUAUAUGACUAUAAUAUAUGUGUCUUUAUUCUUAAGUACGAAAACAAAAUCAAGCAAUAUAUAAAUGUAGAUCACGAUAAAAUCGUACAAUUGAAAGAUUGUUUAGCUGUUCUUAAAAAGCUAAUCUUAGUAUUCGAAUCGGAUAAGGCAUUGUUGGCAAAUUGUUACAUUUGGAUUCGUAAAGCCAUAUCAGCUCUCAAUCUUUUGACAUCCAAUUUGCAUAAUGCAUUCGGAUCCAUCUUGGCAUCUUCAUUGGAUAGCUAUACCUUGGACUCUGACUUUGGUGGGCUAUGGUGUUUGGCAUUCUCUCUCACGCCGAGAGGAAGGUUCUACUUCCAUAGAAAGUUUGUUAAAAACGAAGAAGUAGAAGAUUUGGCCGAUCCCUUGAGUUCCUUUCAAAGUGAGCAUAUUCCUGAUAAAGAUCCGGCAGAAGAUUUACAGGACAUUUACAUGGAUUCUAUUUUUGAGGAAGGUAACACAAACGCUGUAAUUGAUGUAACAGAUGAAGGCACAUUUCGUAGAAUUGUCGAAUCUGAUGAUCAACUUAGGCUUACAUUGCAAGAUGUACGCGAGGAUAAUCAUCAGACUGCCGAAAAUGAUCUAACAGCAGCUAAAGAUUACCUCAAGCGCAUUUUGGUUCAAUUCUGA